CCAACGAAGACUUUCUGCACAUCGAGCAUCACAGUUCUCAACCACGAUCGGGCCCUGAAGAAUUCCAACAGCGUUGCCUGUCGCGGUGCUCAGCUCUGUUCAUCACUUGAGCUUCGCAUCCUGUGAAAGCCGAACGCGCAGCCUCAGUUUUCACUCUCCUUCUAGACGUGACUUGCUGGCAGACGAGAUCUGAUCCACGAGAGCACCAAUGCGCCCAGCUAGACUUGCUAACCCAGACAUGAUGCUUUGCAUAGCCAAAUAAUGGGCAAAGGGAGCAAGAAGAAGCCGCAGAAGGCGGCGGCUGGUCCCAAAGACCGGCACAAACGCUAUGCCAGGCUGCUACAGGAUCCGCAAGCGCCCCUGCCAGCCAACCUGGUCGCACGGCCAGACGUCCCCAAGGCCAACUCGAAGCACCACUCGUACUUUGAGUUUGUCGAGAACGAGGACAAGAAGAAGAAGCUGGAAUUCCAGGUCACGACCAAGAAAACGCCGCCCCCAGGCUUCGAGUUCGUCCCCUUGGGCCAUCCUGCCCUGACGAACGCGUGCAAAGAGCUGUCGCGCGAGAAGGAUGCCAUGAUCUUCAUUGUGUCGGACGCAAAGGAGACAGACCCCAAGAAUCUAUCCCAUCACAUCUACCGAACUGGCCACCACGUCCGACAGGCCAUCGCCGACGAGGCGCGAACAACCCUCGAGAACUACCCUGCGGCCUUUCAGGCGGUCGACGGCCCGGAGCCGCUCCCCAAGACCCAGGAUGAAUACACUGCGCAGGUCAACUCGGUCAUGCUCGAUCUAUUCCCGCGUAUACCACACACAGAUCGUCAAGCGAUCAUCAUCCAUGCCUUCAACCUGUCGGCUCUAGGCCAGGCACAGAAGCCGGUGGGACUUGUUACUGACAUUCCACUGUCACGCAGGGUGCAGCUCGCCGUCCUAGCGCACAUUCGCCACAACCACACCAGGUACGACAAGUUGCUACGUGAAACGAACUGGGAAACUGCUCGCAAGGUGGUGGAAUCUCUUUGCCUCGACAUCCUCGUCAAGUGGCGAGGGGACGAGGAGACCGGCCGUGACCAGCUCGACGAGAUCCUCCGCGAGGUGGUCGUCAUCUCGGACUCGGACUCGGAGGAGUCCGACGACGAGGACGACGGCGACACCGAAGACUCGUCUGCUGACGACGCAAAGGGCAAGGCCGCGAUGGCCGGCCCUUCUCAGCCAGGAGCCGAGCCCAGGCCUCCAGUGCAGCAGCAGCAGCAGCAGCAGCAGGCUGCGCGGCCACCGGCCAGAAAGCAGGCGCAGCGUGGGUUCAAGCGUUACCGCGCUUGGGAGGAGGCGAUUGAACGAAGUCGUGGUGAUGACGACGUGCUCGUUCCUCCUCCUCCUCCUCCUCCUCCACGCGAACCAUCCGUUGGUCAACCCAUAGCUUCCCCUGGACACACAGCAACCCAUGUUGCUGCCGGCAUGGUACCGCAGCCAAACGGAUUCGUGUCUCGACCCCAUCCCAAUCAUCCACCAGGCCACGUCGUGCGCGAGCAGGUAAGAUAUCACGACCCGCAGCGGACAACGCCAGGUCGCUCGCGCCACGUCACGCCCGUCACAGACCGUCUGCAGGACAUGCUCGUCCGGUCUAUUGAACCGGUCUCGCCCAACAGCGUGCAGCCAUCCUUUGUGCGGACCGUGCCCCCAAGGCGUCAGCCCUCCCCAGUGGGGGCCUCUAUGCAUCACCCCAUUGUGAUCUCCUCGCCCAUUCAGGACGGCCCUGCGAGUAGGCCUUUUUACGUGGAGCGACGUGUCGUGACAGACCGUCCGCCACAUGAGCAGGCGUACGCAGGCGAGCCCUUUGGUCUGCAGCCCGCGCCUCGUCUCCAUCCACCCGUACACCAACCAUUGUUCCCAUCCCGUGGCUACGAUGUCGGUGCUCCCCCUGGCGCUCCCCAGCGUGUCGCCGUAGAUACAGGACGGCCCGGUGAACGGUCCAACCCAAUCCUUAUGGAGGAUCGAGGGGGCUUUUUCGAACGAGUGCGCGAGCCAGCGCAAGCACCCGAUCCACUUGGACCGGUGCACUCUGGGCAGAAUCCGUGGAUGACAGGCCACGCACCCAGCCGAGCGCCGGACAGAGUCGUUCCUUGGGACGAGGGAUCUCGCAUGCUGCAUGAGAGCCGGCAUGACAGAAACAUGGAAGCCUUUCCAGCUCCAGGCCCCCAGACUCUCCCUCCCGAGGCUCGUCCUCACAUGGCUCACUAUAGUCAAGCAGGCCCACGACAUCCCGAGCCCAUGUUCGCGCGAGUCGAACAUCCAGCGGGCCAAGCUCAUCCUGGGUAAGCCUGCUUUGGACUGGCGAUUGCGCAUCUGUAUUGCCCAGCUGGACACUCUCUGACACCAAGUAGAUAUCAUCUCCCUUACGAUCAACCCCCACGACCUCUUCCUCACGCUCCGCCUCACAGUAAUCACCCAGACUUCGGCUUCAACCUGCGACCUGAGCCGAGGUUGCCUCCAUACGCUCAUCCACCGCCUCGUCAGUGAUUCUACUGGCGACACGCUGGUCUACCGCAUGACUCGGUUUCGUUGUUGCUCAAGGGAGCAUAUUACGUUUGGUUGGCAAUGUAUGGACGUAUACGCAUGGCGAGCAAUUGUCGGCAUCAGUUAUAUGUAUAGCCGUAUGUAUUUCGGCGUUGGGCGGAGAGCAUGGAAGAUACCCCCCUUUGGAAUUUAGCAGGCAGACUUAUCAAAUGCGCAAUGGCAAUGUGGUGACAUUUGGUUCAGAUUCAA